AUGUACCUUAGAAUCAUAUGUUACGCAACCAUACUGUCUUUUAGUGGUUUUGCAAAAACGGAUCCAACAUGGCCUUCCCCUUACGACGAGCUUGAGGAGAUCAUGUAUCAGGUUAAGGGCUAUAGAGCCAGAGAUUUUGGUGGAACCGUUAUUCCUUGUUCUAAUGAGGCGUCUGGGCCCGGACGGCAAAACGCGGCCGAGUGGCUGCGGGCAGCUUUCCACGACAUGGCCACAACAACGGACUUGAGCGGCGUGCGAGCGGGUGGGCUUGAUGGCUCCUUGCAGUACGAGUUGAAAAGUUCAGACAAUCUCGGCCCGGGCUUCAACACAACGCUAAAGUUCAUGGCUGACUAUUACACAAGCAGAUCGGGCGUGGCCGAUCUAAUUGCUCUUGGCGUGUACUACGCUGUUAGAUCUUGUGGCGGCCCAGUGGUAUCUAUCUCCGGCGGCAGAGUUGACGCAACAGAGGGUGGCCCAAUAGGUGUCCCACUGCCGCAAAACACUGCUUUCACUUUUGAGCAACAAUUUAUACGAAUGGGAUUUAACAAGACUGAGAUGAUCCAGGUUACCGCUUGCGGUCAUUCUAUUGGUGGUGUGCAUGAAGACGAAUUCCCUGAGAUCGUGCCUGUCGGAUCUACAUCGAACGGAGAGGCUCCUCUAGAUUCCACCGUCGCAGCUUUCGAUAACAAGAUCGUCACCGAGUACAUCGCUGGCAAUACGACCAACCCCAUGGUAGUUGGUCCUUCGAUUAAGGCUACCAGGAACGCCGACUUCAAGGUUUUUAACUAUGAUGGGAACGUCACAGUCCAAGCUAUAGCAGGCGUCAAUGACUUCAAUAGCAUCUGCGCUAUAGUGCUUAAAAAACUAAUUGACACAGUGCCUGAUGGCGUAACACUGUCGGAUCCUAUACAGCCGUACUCCAUCAAACCAGUAAAUAUGCAAUUGGCAUUAAACUCUGGAGGAUAUACGAUGCAGUUGACUGGCUUUAUACGUGUCCGGACGACCGAUAUGGGAGAUGAUUCUGUAUCUAGUCUGACGUUGAAUUAUAAGGAUCGGAGCGGUGGCGUCAAUUGCGGCAGAACAAGUUGUAACUACACGGCGACUCUCCUAGGAGCUACACAGGGCUUUGAUGAUCAAUUCGUGUGGUUCCCUAUCGACGCCGAAGUCUCGACUUCUGCUGGCAUUUCUUCUUUUACAGUUGCCCUGAGUAUGGCUAGCGGAACGACUCAAAUGUUCGAUAACAAUGGGAAUUCAUAUCCUAUGCAAGACGCGAUAUUAAUCCAAAAGCCUCAGAGCUGUCUCUUCUCUGGAACUCUCACCGUGACCGCGGCUGUCCGUAACGACCGCACAUCCCUCCCUGUGGACAUGUUCCUCUCAUAUAAAACCCCUACAGGAGAUCCCAACCUUCCGGUACCCACAUUGAAAAAUGCCACAGUUGCCAUGACCAAAGGGGCGUGUGUAGGCUCGUAUACUUUCUAUACGGCCAACCAUACUAACCUUGGGGAGCUUGCGUAUGCGUCUAUGAUCGAUGUCAUUAGCGGAAGCGACUCUGAAGUUCUGACCGAUGAUUUCAACGCCGCAAGUGAAUUGGGGGCAACUUGUCAGUCAUUUCAAAACCCGCCGUCUACGUGCACCACCGGAACGGUAUCAACGCCCCCGGUAUCGUCAACAAGCACAUCUAUAAGCACAAUUACUUCGACAACGUUGAUUACCACAACUUCAUCAUCUACUUCUACGCCUACCACGGCAACUAGCACCAGCACUUCUCCCACACCACCAGUUGAGACCUUGCAUCAUAGGCAGGACCUUGGUGAAUACUUGCUCGUGGGAUGCCAGAAAGAGUCAACUGUGGUUGGGAUCCGGGCUCUCAGCGGUGCCUCGUUUGCUUAUGAUAACAUGACGUUGGAGAGCUGUAUGAAGAAUUGUACUGACUAUGUAUAUUGGGGGACAGAAUAUGGCCGGGAAUGCUUUUGUGGCAAUUCACUCGACUCAACAAGCGAAAGCGCAAACCUGACCGACUGCAACAUGGUCUGUGGCGGAGAUUCGACAGAAUACUGUGGUGAUAGUAAUAGACUAGAGCUAUACAGUACUACGGCUAGCCAAACCGCCCCAACUGCCACACUUGCCCCCAAACCAACAGUAUCACCAUACACCCGCGUAGGAUGCUACAGCGAGCUCCCGGGAGGUCGGGCUUUGACUGGGGCGGCGUACGCAGAUGACGCUAUGACGUUGGAGAUGUGCGCGUCUGACUGUAAGGGUUUCACGUAUUUCGCGGCAGAAUACGGCCGCGAAUGUUACUGCGGCAAUACACUGGAUAGUCGCAGCACGCUGACUCCGGAUGCUGAUUGCCAGACGAUGGUCUGUGGCGGGAAUCGAUAUGAGUACUGUGGAGCUGCGAACAGACUUGAUCUGUAUCAAUUAGUGACUAUCUCUUCGGCGCCUCUUGCAACUCCCAUGCCGAGCCCGAAUAGAUAGAUCUAGGCAAUUUUGACCUAUCAUGUGUUUAUGACCAUACUUUUUUUUUUUUGUUCAUAUGAUUAUAUGGUAUAUACUUGGGUAUAUAGAAUGAGAUGGGUUGAUGGAGACACUUGGUAUAGACGAUGUCGCGCAAAUGGCUCUUGGGAGUCAAACGAUCACAUAAAUGUGGAAAAUGUUAGUCAAUUUAUUUUCGAUAUUGGUAGAGCGAAUACUUUAAUGAGAUGUAUUUCUUUAUCCGUGAUUUCCUUGAAUGAAUAGAGUACAAUCGCAUUGUAACAUUACCUACUGUU